UAUGCCCCCCGAGCCACGGCUGGCGACACACGCGGCUCCGCUUCCCGUGCUCCCUCCGUCCACCGCUCCACGUAGCACACAGCCACCCGCCGCCACCUCCAGCCAGUCCGUGACAGAGGAGGGACGAGGAGAAUCUCUGGCACAUAAACUGUAAAAGUCAUAAGUGUAAUGUACCUGGAAGUCUCAGUUAGGCGUGGAGCAGCAGGCCCCCGCCCGUGCACAGGAUCACCCAAGGGCCUCACCCACCCUGAGGAGGCCACGUUCAGCCGCCCCUACAGCAUGAGGUUACUGUAGCCAACCUGUAGUGCCGGUGUACGCGUCGGGGCAGCACUACGGGUGUGGGAGACUCUGUGAUAAGUCUUGAGAAAGAGAGAGAGAAAGAGAAAGACCUGUGUUUCUGUGUGUGUGUGUGGGUGUCCAUGUCCCCUCAGUGACGUGACUUGUGGGAGGCGCUGAUUAUCCCUGGCGGCGCGGGAGUCCAGUCUGGUGAUAACGUAGGCCCUGACAUUAUACCGUCCGCCCCUUCGUCAGGCAGCAGCAGCAGCAACAGCAUCAUCACCACCACCACCACCACCAUCACCAUCACCACCAGGAUCACCAUCACCUCAUCACCGUCAGCAGCAAGACAAUCCAGUCUUCUUCCGUCCCUUCACUCUCUACUGCCGCCUCAGGGGAUCUCGGCGCCCCUUGAUCUCAAUCUCCGACGAGCCUUGCAACCCGCCGUCCGUCCUUUACUCGCUUCCCAUGGACUUGAUCAGCCGCAUAGUAGUCACCAUGGCACCCAAGGAAGAAGACAUGAUCAUUACAGAAUUUGAUGGGACAACAGUUCUGUGUCGCGUGUGUGGCGACAAAGCAUCAGGCUUCCACUAUGGCGUGCAUUCCUGCGAGGGCUGCAAGGGAUUUUUCCGCCGCAGCAUCCAGCAGAAGAUCCAGUACCGCCCCUGCACCAAGAACCAGCAGUGCUCCAUCCUCCGAAUCAACCGGAACCGAUGCCAGUACCUGCGCCUCAAGAAGUGCAUCGCCGUCGGCAUGUCUCGAGAUGCCGUGCGCUUCGGCCGCGUGCCUAAGCGGGAGAAGGCCAAGAUUCUGGCCGCCAUGCAGAGUGUGAACGCCAGGUCGCAGGAGAAGGCAGUGCUGGCCGAGCUGGAAGAUAACACUCGAGUCACCGCUGCCAUCAUCCGCGCCCACAUGGACACCUGUGACUUCACCCGCGACAAAGUGGCACCCAUGCUGCAGCAGGCUCGCGCCCACCCAUCCUAUACCCAGUGCCCGCCGACUCUGGCGUGCCCACUGAACCCUCGACCAGUGCCCCUCCACGGCCAGCAGGAACUUGUACAGGACUUCAGCGAGCGCUUCUCGCCAGCCAUCCGCGGUGUCGUGGAGUUUGCCAAGCGCUUGCCUGGGUUCCAGCAACUGCCGCAGGAGGAUCAGGUCACGCUGCUCAAGGCGGGCGUGUUCGAGGUGCUUCUGGUGCGCCUGGCAGCCAUGUUUGACGCCCGCACCAACACCAUGCUGUGCCUCAACGGGCAGCUGCUGCGCCGCGAGGCUCUGCACACGUCAGUCAAUGCACGUUUCCUCGUGGACUCCAUGUUCGACUUUGCUGAACGCCUGAACAGCCUGUGCCUCAGCGAUGCCGAACUUGCACUCUUCUGCGCAGUAGUGGUCCUGGCUUACGACAGACCAGGGCUUCGCAACGCAGAUCUUGUGGACCGAGUGCAGAGGCAUCUCGUGAACUGCCUCCAGGCCGUGGUCUCUAAGCACCACCCAGAGAACCCCAACCUGCAUCAUGAGCUGUUGGCCAAGAUCCCAGACCUUCGCACACUCAACACUCUCCACUCUGAGAAGCUACUCAAGUACAAGAUGACAGAGCACACAGCAGCCACAGCAGGACCCUGGGACGACUCAAGGUCCUCCUGGAGCAUGGAACAGGAAAGCAGCGUGGGGUCCCCCUCCUCUUCCUGCGCUGCAGAUGAAGCUAUGCGCUCACCAGUCUCCUGCUCUGAGUCCAUCUAUUCUGGAGAGUCGGCAAGCUCCGGCGAGUCCAUAUGUGGCAGCGAAGUGUCAGGCUACACCGAGCUGCGCCCUCCUUUCCCGCUGGUUCGCCGCCGUCAUGACAAUUCAGAGGGCGCUUCCUCCGGGGACGAGGCCACAGAGUCUCCGCUUAAAUGCCCCUUCAGCAAAAGAAAAUCCGACAGUCCAGACGAUUCAGGCAUCGAGAGCGGAACAGACCGCAGUGACAAGCUCUCCUCGCCAUCAGUCUGUUCAUCUCCACGCUCAUCCAUUGACGAGAAGAGUGAGGAAGACCGCGAGGAAGACAUGUCUGUGCUGCGCCGCGCUCUGCAGGCUCCCCCAAUCAUCAACACUGACCUGCUCAUGGAAGAGGCUUACAAGCCGCACAAGAAGUUCCGCGCCCUGCGUCGAGAGGAGGAGCCUCACUCCUCCCAGCCCACCCCCUCCCUGUUGGCCCAAACCCUGGCCCAGCCUCCCCAAAGCUCCUCCUCCCUGUCCGCUACCCACUCCACCCUGGCCUCUACUCUGUGCAGCCCCAGCUUGGCUGCUUCACACUCUACCCUUGCCAGGACUCUGCUUGAAGGCUCAAAGAUCUCUGAGGACACCAUGCGUCGCGCUGACCUCCUGCACUCCAUGAUCAUGCGCAAUGAGGUCCGGGAACGGUUACCAUCAGGAUCCCGAGUGUCACCAGCCCCAUACUACGUCCCACAGCCAGCCAUGGAUCGCCUUCAGCUUCCAGUUUCAUCAUGGUCGUGCCCAUCCUCGCGGGGCGGCAGCAGUAGCAGCGGGAGUAUGAGUCCUAUGCAGCCCACCGUCACGGCUCAGCCGCGUGUCCAUCUUCUCACAACACCCACACCCUCACGCAACUACGAGCCAAGGAUGUCCACCACACCAGUGGGUCUCGGAGCGCAGCCUUCACCCUCGCCAGACGCACCCGCACCAUCGCCGUCUCAGGGCAUGGAGGUCCAUCCGUCUGGCAUGGGCGCUCAGCCUCACCAGAGAACGACCUCGUCGCCCAUGGUUGAACUUCAGGUCGAUAUUGCCGACUCGCAGCCGCUCAACCUUUCCAAAAAGACGCCGCCCCCAACCCCCCAGGGAUUUACCUUGGAAGCGUAAUGCAUGGUUGGGCAGCGCUUACCCGAGUACAAAGCCACUGUGUGGCCCGAUAUUCUCACUCUCAGGCGGACUGACGGAAGAUAGAGCGAGCAGCAGAAGAAGCGGCGGCAACCAGAGAGACAGAGAAGUCCUGACGUAAAGUGGAAGCGCGCGAGAAGCCGCCGCGGUGUGCGAGAGGGUCCUGGAGCACGCGGUGACGUGGCGCCCAACUCGGCACCGGUGAUGGAAGGAGAGUCGGCGCCGCCUGCUCCCGAUCCGCCCGCACAGGAGCACGACGUGUACAGGGGGCGGGCGUCAGUCUAAACCCGCCCGCAAUUCGGGCCGCCUCAGGUGGCCGCGAAACUGGCAGCCCGCCCCGCCCAGCUUGUGAGGCGGGAGGCACAAGUCCCCGCCGGGCGAGAGCCUAGUGAUGUACCUAGUUCAGUAUUCAUCGCCUCAUGCUGCCUCACCCUCAUGAGUCUCACCCUCGUGGACCAGAGUCACCCUCAUUUCUCAUUACUCGCUCAUCACUCAUUGCUAGAUCUCGAUGUCAUUAUUAUUAUUUAGCCGUGUCUGGCGAACUGUUUGUUAUGCCGUCAUCUUUAUUAUUAUUGUCAAUAUUAUUAUUGCCAUUGCAUCAUGCUAGUUCUUACUGUAAUCUUAUGAAGAUAAGUUUGUCAUAACAAAUAGUUCCACCGUGUGCUUGUAUGUACAUUUUUGUAAUAUUUGGGAGUUCAAAUUUUGAGUCUUAAAAAUAAAUGUGCAAAGAAAAA